AGUAUCUAAACUGUCUUCUCGACUCGUGUCAGAAGUCAGAAGUGGUUAGAAGGCCAUAUGUCUAUUUCUAACAAUACUGUGCCGUCAUCCCUAGCAAUGCGUUAAAUAAAAUUGUUUACUUUUAUUUAAAAAUUAGUAUAUGAUAAAUUUAUCUGUGUAGCAUUUUUUAUUAAUAAUAAAAAUGACAUAUUUAAGUUCAUGGGAAGAAUUUGAAAAAGGUGCCGAGAGGUUAUAUCUUCAAGAUCCACUGAAGGCUCGGUACACAAUGAAGUAUUGCCAUACUAAAGGUGUCUUAUGUCUAAAACUUACAGAUAAUCGAACAUGUCUACAGUACAGAACAGAGAUAGCACAAGAUUUAAAGAAGAUGGAAAAAUUUAUAGGAAAUCUUAUGAGGCACAUGGCUUCUAAAGAGAGCUAAAUAAGGGACUAGAUAAGAUUAGGGACACUUUUUUAAUCAAGGAUUAAAAGUGCUGCGCAUUUAAUUCACUGUUUAUGUUGUUCCAUUUCAUAAGAUUCAGCGACUGAUGGGAUUAUAGAUAUUUAAUUUGAAUGAGGUAUAAAAAACUUUCUUAAAUAUACAAUAUGUGCAUAAAUGUCUAUUUUUUAUUUAUUUAAAGCUUAAUGCUCAUUUCGGGCGGUUCCGUUGUCUCCUUGUUAAAGUUCUGAAACAGUACAAAGUUAAAUGUAUCGUAGUACGAACGAAAAUCGAUGUGAUAAUAAAUUUUCCAAACAAAUUAUUCUUAGAAUUUGUACGAAAAAAACCAGUACUUUCCAGAAAAUGUAAUCAUCUAAUUCCAACAAUAAGAAGAAUACUUAGCAGAGUAUAAUGCAAUUGUUAUUAAUGAAGCCAGAUUCAAUUGUAAUUUGUAACUGAAUAUUAUUAUAAGAGAGAAGCACGAAGCAAUGAAAAGAAGCACUUACGAUAUAAUGGGCUGAAGAACAGCGUCCAGAGUAGUAUCAACAGGAGGGUAGAUUUCUUGAUUUGAAGACAAUUCAUAGCGUACCUCUCCCCCUAAUUGCAUUUGCGGCUAUACCAAACAAAACUAUUUUACUAAUUUACUAGGCAGAAAAUUUUAGAAUACAACACACUACAUUCUAGUAACAACAUUUAUUAGAAUAUAAUAAAAUGCUGUGACUAGCAAAGAAAGAAAUAGCAAGCCUUAACCACGUGUACGUAUUUGUAAAUAAGCGCUUAGUAUCUCUAAAAGAUUUUUCUAUAAUGAGUGCAAUUUUAAUAAAGAUGAUUUUAUAUCGGUGAUUCAAAAUCAUGAUUAUCUUUUAUUCUUUCUCAGAAGCAAUAAGCUUAAACUACAUAAAGCGCAAAAGUGUUACUCAUUACUUAAAAUAACGGCAUAAAUAAACGAAGAACAUAUAUGAAAUGUAAAAGUAAUGAGUUUCACUGGAAAACAAAUGAUUUAAGAAAUAGAAGCGUAAAAAUACGUACUACACGAGUAGGUUUAGCGCUGUCGACAGAGCUUGAGCAGCAGCUUGAAAAUUCCUGCGGUGUACUUUCCCCGAGACCACUGUCCACGUUAUUUCCUAUCAAUAUUCUGUUGUUACGAAUAUAAUAAAAGUCCUUCCUCAUAUUGCACUCGCUCCUACUACCGUCGUAGUACUUUGUCUCGAUAUGACUCGGCCUUGUUGGCGGCAAAUUAUAACUUCCGUCUCGACAAUGUUGUAUCACUCUUCUGUUUCGUUUGCCAACGGAUCCGAUUGUUCUGAAAGUGAUUCCUUGACAGUCUUCGAUAUCACGUCAAAUUUCAAGCACAUCCCUGAUCGGACAAAACCAUUCCGACAUCGAUGCAAUACACGUUUUAGUUCACCAAACGUUCAAACAAUUGUUAAUACACACUACGAGCCAUAUACAUAUAUUGCAUUCCUUAGCGAUACAACAUUUUUAUUCAAAUAACAAUGCUAAUUUUCACGCAAACAACAUGUUCCAUUCGUCAAUCAGUUUUGUAAGUUCGCCAAAUAAACAUAUGUAUUUCCAGGUCUACAGUAUUUUAAGAAUACCUAAAAAAAUAAAGGAUUAAGGAAUUCGAACGAACUGGCACAAUAAAUAAACUUGCAUCGAUCGUUGGGAAUCUAUGAGAAAUACUUUGACACUCCCAGAUACCUAUAUUUGUACAACAAGUACACACGGAUGCAUGGCACACAAAUAAUACAUAAAACACGUACAAAUGCUACGAUUUUUAAGUCCUUACUUCCACGGAAUAGCAACGAGUAAUUUCCAUGGAAUAGCAGAAAGCAUCAGUGGGUGCCAGCCAGGAAAUAAAUAAACAGGUGCGACAAGCUGUUAAUCUCAUCGAUUUAUUAAGGACCUAUCAUGCUUCAAAUAAAUAAUAGGGGGCAUGCUUAAGAUCACGUACAUGCUCUAAAUAAAUUAAAAAAAAAAAAAA